GGGACCGGGAGCGGAGCCGGGGCCGGGGCCGGUGCGGGGCCGGUCCCGCCAUGGAGGAGCCGGGCUGCGGGGCCGGUCCCGCCAUGGACGAGCCGGGCUGUGGGGCGCAGUUCCGCGCCGCCGUGCAGGUGAUCCAGGGGCUGCCGCGGAGCGGUGCGUACCGGCCCUCGUACGAGGAGAUGCUGCGCUUCUACAGCUACUACAAACAGGCGACGGCGGGGCGCUGCCAGGGCCCGCGGCCCGGCUUCUGGGACCCCAUCGGCCGCUACAAGUGGGACGCCUGGCACAGCCUGGGCGCGAUGUCCAAGGAGGAGGCGAUGGCCGCGUACGUGGCGGAGAUGAAGAAGGUGGCGCAGAAGGUCAUUGACACCGUGCCCAUGGACGAGAGCACGCAGGAGAUGUUCCGCUACUUCGAGCCGCUCUACGAGGUCAUCCACGACAUGCCCCGGCCCCCCGAGGCCUUCUUCAGACGAGCGACAUGCCCGGAGAGCCAGGGGCAGCAGGAUGGCACCAGCCAGGAUGGCACAGAGAGCAGCCCAGCUCCAGAGAGGCCCAGGGACAGCCUGCCAGGGCAGCAGCACGUGCCAGGACCUGGGCUGGCUCCAGGCCCCGAGGUGACCCAGGUGACGAGUGACUCUGAGGGGGACACGUUCAGUGACACCCUGGAGCAGAUGGAGCCUGAGAAGGCCGGGCAGGUGCGGGGGCUCCCCCCAAAGAGCCCCCAGGCCGGGGCUGAGCCCCCAGAGCCCCUCAGUGCUGGGCAGGGCGAGCGGGGCGAAGGCAGAAGAGCCGAGGGGAGCAGCAGCAGCAGCAGCAGCACAGCCCUGCCAGCCCUGGGCUCCGACACAGGUGGGUGCAGAGCUCGUCCCUUGCCAGUGUGCCCUGGCAGCCGUGUGCCCGUGGCUGUGCCCGCAGAUGCCCGGCUGCCCGGGGAGCUGGAGGCGCAGGUGGCCGGCGCGGUGCGGGCGCUGCAGGAGGAGCUGCGGCGGGUGCGGGAGCGGCUCAGCCGCCUGGAGACGCUCGGGGCUGCCCAGGGGCAGACAGACCCUGGCCUGGCACUCGCUCCACAGGCCGUGUCGCGGUGGCGCCUGCCCGUGUCCCCCCGCACGCUGCUCUUCCUGGCCACCUGGCCCUUCGUCACCCAGUGGCUGCUGCGCCACUGGCAGGGCAGGAAGAGGUGACCCCCGAGCACCGCCACCGCCAGCCGACCUCGCCAUCCCGCUUCGCACGGAGCCACGCGGGAACCGCCUCAGCAGCCACCGGGACACCGGCACCGACACUGAGGGCCAGCACCGGCCCCCGCGCCGCCGCCGCCACGCACAGCCGGAGCAGGAGCAGCCCCGGGCCCGGCCCGGCCUCACCGGGAACAGCACCGAGCCUGCCUCGAUUAAAGUCGCAUUUUCGGUUCA